AUGGAGUCUCUAAGAAGAAUUCUUCAGGGCACUAUUGAUCAGCUCUUGUUGGAAGUGAGGAGAGAGUCACAGAAUAAUCUAGAGGGUCCAUCUCUGCCAGAAAAUCUACUGUCUGCACUUCACUCUGUUUUCCAACAGUCUCUUCUUCAUGCAUUGGACCUUGUGGACAAGAAUCAUGUGAUGUGCUUUGUGUGUCCUGCUGGAAGAGAGCUAUUCCAAGUUCAAGCAAGUGCUGGGAACAGAGUCUACACUUGUCUGGUGUCCAGUAACUACUGCAAUUGCCCCUCAUUUGUGUACAGUGUGGUUCUGAAGGAAGACGCUCUCAUGUGCAAGCAUCUCCUGGCUGUACAGUUGGGACGUGCACUGGAUCGUGUCGAAACAAAGGACAUUUCAGGAGAAGAAUUUGCCAAACUCCUUUCUGCAGACACAGAAACGUUAUUAGCUUAG